UUCUUCAGUCUUCACCGAAUCAGGAAAUAGUCGCCAUUCAUACUCCAUCGCCGAUUCAGCAACAUGUCGUCGACCGGUGACAAUGCUUGUGCUUGUGAGAUUUCAAGUGACAUUCAUGCACCAAUUCCGACACCUACCCUAACAUUGUAAUCAAAAUUACCUCUUCAUCCACCAAACCUCAAAACCCCCUCAACAAACCCAAAGCUAAAGCCUCCGUAAAAUUAUCAGCAGUGAGAACUCCUCGUCUCCAACUCAGAGCAAUGUUGAGGAUCAUAUGUCGAACUGCACUCUCUAAGCCCCAAAACUACGCCAUUUCAACAUCGUUUGUUAAUCCCCAUCACCAUAAACAUUUUUCAUCAAAAGCAAAUAAGAACACUAAUGACAAGAAAAAUCAGCCGGAAGACAGCAAGAAAUCCAAGUCCAAACCCUCUGAUGCCUCUGCUGCCAUCCAAUCGGAGUCUGCCACGUCAGUGGAAGAAAUGGAGUUGUCUAGGGCUCGUGCUCGCCACUUAGCUGAAGACGAUCAAGAUCCCUCCCUAGAUGUGGGCCCCAAGAACCGCCCUCUCUUUACUAAAACUCCCUCUCUUUCUUUGCUCAGUCGCAAAGACGUCUGCACUUACUUCAAAUUCAGUGCGGGAGAAUUGAAUGAGGUAUUGCCAGAGGGAUUGCCGAUGGGGAUGUUGAUAGAAUUUAAAGAAUCGAUGAGGCAUGCAUUGCUUGUGAGACAAAGUUUUUUGGAUCUUCGCGAUAAUUUCAGGCGAAUAGUUGAUCCUCCAAUGCUGUCUUCUAAUGGUCCUAAAGUUAGAAAGCAAGUUGUCUUGGAUGGUCCUCGUAGUUGUGGGAAGAGCAUUAUGCUUGCAAUGCUUGUUCACUGGGCUCGUGAUGAAGGUUGGCUAGUAUUAUAUGUUCCUAGAGGUUGGGAGUGGACUCAUGGCGGAUACUUUUAUAAAAACCCACAAACUGGUCUUUGGGACACUCCUCUUCAGGCUGAAAAUGUUCUCAAGGAUUUUUUGAAAUACAAUGAAUCCCGCUUAAGAGAAUUGCCAUGCCAAAUACUUGAUCCUAUUCCACUGGGGGAGGGUGCUGGCAUUGGAUAUAUGAAAGGGGUUGACUCGAAGGAAAUCCCCGAAGGUUCAACUCUAUAUGAUCUGGUUCAAAUGGGAAUUCAGCAAACACAUGCGGCUGUUAGUGCGGUUGUUCGUUUAAGGAAAGAGUUAUCACUUGUGAAAGAUAUCCCUGUUCUUAUUGCAAUUGAUCAAUAUAACAACUGGUUUACAUUCAGUGAAUAUGAAGAGCCAGUCACUAUUCGUUCUUGUCGACCAGUGCAUUCUAGAGAAUUGACAAUGGUGAAUGCGUUUAGGUCUAUGAUGCAUGAUGAAAUGAUGGUAGGUGCUUUCUCUCACUCAACUGCUGUGGGAAAGCUUCGCAAAGACUUACCAGAUGUUCCAGUGGAUGCCCGUUUUAAUUUGCCUCGCUACAACGUUGAUGAAGCAGCAACUGUUUGCCAUUACUACCUUAGACAAAGACUCGUAAGCAGGGAGGUAUUCACAGAGGAAAAUUGGAAGAAAGUGUACUAUUUAUCCAAUGGGAAUGGAGUAGAGAUGAGAUCUUUGGUUCCGUUGAUGCGGUGAGGUCACGUGUAAGAUGAACCUGAAAACUUGAAGC